CCAGGUUUCUCAAUUUUAGCCGCGAAGCCCUCCACGGCAAAAGAUAAAAAUAAUAAAAAGACAGAGCGAAAGAGAGGGGAGGGAGAGGCGAGAGCGAUCUCCCACAGGCUCCGGCUGCCGGACUCCCCUUUCCGGCCACAACUCUGGUUCCGAUUCUGUUGUUUCUUAGCCGUCGCCGGCUUCUGAGUUGACCACUAGCACGCCUCCUCGCCGGAGGUGAGGCCUCGUCGGAUUGGCUUCUCUCCCCCCCACUGUUGGUGCAUGAUGGGAUUUUCGCUGUUCCCGAUGAAGACCUCGACGCGCCUCCUGUGGAGUACCAGCUUCUUUCGCCACAAGAUCGUCGUCUUCUUUUAAAAAUCCCGAUCAAUCGUAGAGGAGUAUACAUAGCUAGCUCCAUAUAUACUAUAACAAGAUAAAUCACUGCUUAGUAGAGAAGGAGAAGGGGAAGAUCUCGCCAGGGAUCGUUCGGAUCUGCGAACCAGACAUGGAUUCUGGCCAUCUGAUCUUUGAUUCCUCUUCUUCUCAUCACGGUCGCAUGCUUCUUCUGGGUGGUGGCAGUCCGAUCUUCCAAGGGGCGAGAUCGGUGCUGGGGAUGGAGGAGGGGGCGAACAAGCGGCGGCUCUUCUUCACCUCCCCCGACGAGCUCCUGGAAGAAGAGUACUACGACGAGCAGCUGCCGGAGAAGAAGCGCCGCCUCACCCCUGAACAGGUGCAUCUGCUGGAGAGGAGCUUCGAGGCGGAGAACAAGCUGGAACCGGAGCGGAAGAGCGAGCUGGCGCGGAAGCUGGGGCUGCAGCCCCGGCAGGUGGCGGUGUGGUUCCAGAACCGCCGUGCCCGCUGGAAGACCAAGCAGCUCGAGCGCGACUUCGACCGCCUCAAGUCCUCCUACGACUCCCUCCUCGCCGACCACGACUCCCUCCUCAAAGACAACGACCGCCUCCGUUCCCAGGAUUGUCGAAAUAAGACCCUCCACCACCGAACAUCACGGGACGGCACCAGGUCCACCACUCCUGGAGAAAGUAUUUCCGUUAUUCCUUUCAACUUUGAUGGUACUUUGGUGUUGUACCUAUCCAACAUCUCCAUCGAGUGGAUGAUCAUAAUGACCGAUAUGCCCUUGAUUGCCAUGCAUGGAAAAGGAGAUGCUUUUUUUGGUUUGGGUGAUCUCGUUGACCGAGAAGCUCCAGGCGAAGGAUCUGGAGGCCGCGGGGGCAGCCUCGGGGCUGAAGCCGGACGAUCAGGCGGCGUCCAGCGCGGAUCACGCGGCCCUGAACGUCCCUCAGGUGAAGGCGGAGGACCGGCUGAGCACGGGGAGCGGGGGGAGCGCGGUGGUGGACGGGGACGGCCCGCCCCACCUGGUGGACAGCAGCGGCGAGUCCUACUUCCCGGAGAGCUACCACUGCCUGGGGCCCGUCCACGGUGGAGUCCUGUCGGAGGAGGACGACGGCAGCGACGAGGGCUGCAGCUACUAUCCCAACGGCAUGUUCGCGGAGCACCACCAUCCCGACGAGGAGGCUGCCCAGCUCGGCUGGUGGGUUUGGAGCUGAACGAGAAUACGGAUCGGAGAUGGCCUCGCUUUCUUCUUCUUCUUGUUUCCCCUAAUGUGAAGUUGUUGUCCAUGUAUGAUGGUAAUGCUAUAUAUAUCAUACGUGAUGGUUGGAAUAAUUGUAAAAUAAAGUGCUUAGAGGAAAAAACUCUUUGUAUUCACAUAUUAAUGUUGGUGUUAUCAUUUUGUAUCGUUAAGGUACGAACUGAAUUUUGAUCUUUGUUUUCGGAAUGAUGGGAUUGUUGAUUCGGUUAUAA